GCACAAAUCUCUGCUGCAGGUGUGAGUGAAGCCGAGGGUGAGCCAGGUGAAGCGAGGGAGGAGUACACUCUACCUUCACUGGAGCAGGUUAUACAGAGUGUACAAGACUUGGAUGUACAACGUGUGCUGAGGAUGUACAGUGAACAGCACAGUAAGGUACCUCCAACACCCCCGGUGAGGCUGGUGGUGUCGUCCACAUGGAGGAGUGGAUCAACCUUGCUAGCGGAGGUCCUGGCAGCUCACCCUGGAGUCUACUACCACUAUGAACCACUCAUGUCCUACGGUCUCCAGCAGCUCUCCUCCACUCAUACCAGCAAGGGUGAGAUCCUGCAGGUGCUGCAGGGCCUUCUGCAGUGCGACUACAGCAGCGCAGAAGAAUACCUAGAGUUCGCCUUCACGAACCACGAAGUCUUCGUGCGCAACACUCGGCUGUGGUCCAUGUGCAGUGCCAUGCCUCGCUCCAAGUGCUACAACCCUGACACUUUGGCUAGACUCUGCUCUCUCUUCCCCGUGCAUGUGAUGAAGGUGGUGAGGGCCAGGCUUGAGCUCCUGGCCUCCUUGCUAAGGGACCCGCGUGUGAGGUUGGUGUGGCUCGUGCGUGAUCCAAGAGCCGUCAUGAGCUCUAGGAAGAACAGCGUGACCUGGUGUCAGACUCGUGCUUGCAGUGAUGCUGGGUACCUGUGCUCUGACCUGGAAGAGGACUUUAACACCUAUCUGGUGCUGAAGGAGAACUUUCCAGGUCGGGUGAUGCUGCUGAGGUACGAAGACCUGGCCAGGAAGCCUUACGAGAAGAGCCGCGAGAUCCUCCACUUCGCUGGACUUACUUUCCACCGCGAGGUUCAGGACUACCUCGAUGAUCACCUGACCUCGGACGAGGAUGAACCCUGGAGCACACGUCAUGACCCCAUGACCCGAGUCGCUCGCUGGAUGAAGGUCAUGCACUUCGAAGACGUGGUCACCACUCAGUACCAGUGUCACAGUGUCAUGAAAAACCUUGGCUACCGACGCUUCAACUCCAGGACUGACAUGGACAACGGCAACGCUGUGGGACUUUUAAAUGUUCCAUAACAGUUGCCGCUCUGGGUUUGAAGUCUGUCAACCACGCGAGGGUCACUGAGGCUAGUGUAGAUAAAAAGAAACUCUCAGUGUACAGUAAGACACCUCACAGUGUAUAUAUACUGAGAGAUACAGAACUCUUGGUGCAUAUGGCAGGACAGCCGGGAAUCAAAUCCCCGAUAGUUUAGCACACCUCUGAGAAGUCCACCAAAAUUCCGAGAUGCAUUAAUACAAACACGCACACGUUUGUAUAUAUAUAUAUAUAUAUUUA